AGUCAUUUGAAGCAGAGAACACAGAACAACCUGCAGCAGAACAUCCAGCCUCCUGUUUGGCUUUGAGACAUUCACAAACUAGUUGUCCUUUUGAAAACUUGGGAUCAGCGAUCUUAUUCUUCUUUAGUUUCUGGAUCUUUUUAAAAGGUUUUGUGCGGAUUUAAGAUGGAGAGUUAAAAUGUUGAGGAAGAAAAAGCUGCUGAUGUUUGAAAUUUGUGGCAGCAUGAUGUGGGAUGGAUAAACAACGACCAAACUCUGCGAUGGCCUCUAGUGACCCUGACCUUCCUGACACCUCCAGUGAGCCCCAGCCGGGUGACCUCAUCGAGAUCUUCAGACCAGCCUAUCAGCACUGGGCUCUCUACCUGGGAGAUGGUUACAUCAUCAACCUAACUCCCGUUGAUGAGAGCCAGGCAGCCGCCAUGUCCAGUGUGAAGUCCGUCUUCAGCAGAAAGGCUGUGGUGAGGAUGCAGCUGCUGAAAGAGGUGGUAGGAAAUGACUCGUACCGCGUCAACAACAAGUACGACGACAACCACACGCCUCUGCCUGUCUGUGAGAUCAUCCAGCGAGCUCAAGCCCUCAUCGACCAGGAGGUGUCUUAUGACCUGCUGGGGAGCAACUGCGAGCACUUUGUGACACUUCUACGCUAUGGAGAGGGGGUGUCUGAGCAGGCUUCACGGGCCAUUGGGGCCAUCAGUAUGGUGACGGCAGCAGCCAGUGCCUUCUCUGUUUUGGGACUGAUCAACACUCGGUCCAGAAACCGACCUUUCUGA